GCUAAAGGCCGGUUGGGUACUGGCCUACUGGGGGGAGGAAUUGCCAGUGCAGUUCCCAAGCGGAAUUUUUUCGAACUAAGAAAAGUCUACCAAGAUGGCGGUAUUGCCAUCUCCGACUUUAGUCGCUGGACAGAACUAUGCAAUCUUCGAGGCUUGGUAUCGGCAUGUGGAUCCCAAAAACCUUGGAAGUAUUGGUGCACUUGAUGCUGCUAAUUUUCUAAAGAAAUCUGGAUUACAUACUUCUGUGCUAGGAAAGAUUUGGGAUCUGUCUGAUCCUCAAGGCAAAGGAUAUCUUGAUCAAAGUGGAUUUUUUACUGCAUUGAAACUAGUAGCCCUGGCACAGAAUGGAAUUGAAAUUAGUAUGAGCAACAUAUCAAGAGAAACCACACCACCAGAAAUGGGUGAACAGCCACCAGCUGUUAUACAAAAUGCAGUGACUACUACUUCACAGGGAUCCUUUUCAUCUUUGACUUCCCCAACAGGAAAUCAGCCCAAAACUUUUAAUUGGGUUGUCACUGCCACAGAUAGAUCAAAAUAUGAUGCACUUUUUGAUUCUUUAAGUCCUGUUGGUGGAAAAUUACCUGGAAACAAGGUGAAAGAAGUGUUGGUUAACUCGACCUUACCACUCGAAAGCCUAGGGAAAAUUUGGGACCUAUCUGACAUGGACCAUGACGGAGCGCUAGACCGGCAUGAGUUCAUUGUGGCAAUGCAUUUGGUUUACAAAGUCUUGGAUAAUUACCCAUUGCCGGUAAGUUUACCACCUGAAUUACUCUCAACCGUGCAAGAGUCUACUCUUCGACGUGGGUCGUCUCUUGCGGGGUCGGUAAGCGUCCUGCCUCCAGCAGUUUCAUCUCCGGAAAACGUUAAAGAUAUUGCGUCUAACGGCCAUGCAGUAACCUGGGUUGUCAGUGAAGCAGAAAAAAACAAAUAUGGAGCUUUAUUUCUGCAAGCAGAUAUGGAUCGCGACGGUUACGUAUCCGGCUUGGAAAUAAAAGACGUUUUCUUGCAAUCACGUCUACCGCAACCGAUUUUAGCUCAUAUAUGGGGGUUGUGUGAUGUUGGGCAGACAGGUAAAUUGAAUAGCGAGCAAUUUGCCCUUUCAAUGUGGCUUAUCCAACAAAAGGUUCAAGGAAGAGAAUUACCAACUGUGCUAACUCCUGAAAUGAUGCCGCCUUCUCUCCGCGCGAAAGACACCAAUGUUGAAGAGCUGACUCAUUCUGCCGAACUUGAGCAAAUCGCCAAAGAAAUUGAGAGUCUUAUUCGGGAGAAGCGUCAACUGGAAACAGAUGUGGCACAAAAGGAGGCAGACAUCCGAAUCAAGAAUGGUGAAGUUCGUAAUCUCCAGAGUGAACUCGACACUUUGUCGGCUACUUUGAAGCAGCUGGAAGUUCAAAAGAAGGAAGCACAAAAGAGACUGGACGACUUAGAUGCACAGCGCUCAGCUUUGGAGCAAGAUUUACAAGGAGUAGAGCGACAAAUUGAAGAGCAUGAAAAGCAGGUUCGUACAUUCCGGACCCAAGCAGAAGAGCAAGAGAACACGCUUCGAACACAGGAGGCAGAAGUUGCGGCUAAGAAACAGGAACUUAAUAAUUUACGCAGUGAAGAACUGCGCAUGGAGCAACAGAUGCAAGCGGCCAGCCUCCAACUUGACAAGCUCCAGAAUACACUGCAAGAUACUCACUUGCAAAUUAGUCAAAUUAAAGCUCGCAUGACGGUGUUGCAGGAACAUCAACAUCAGAUUGACGAGGCCUUGGUGGCCUAUGACGAAGCCUUAGAAACGGGAGAUCCCUCUCGAUUGGGCGAUAACGUCCUCCGCCCUAUUGCCUCAGUAGCUUCCGAUUCCGAUAUCUUACUCUCGCCAAACUCUGACCGCAACAAAGUGAACGGGGGAACGUCGCAUUUUAACGAUGGAGCGUUCGGUAGUGAUCCAUUUUCUAGUCUGAAUGGUCAGAAUCGUGGGUUUUCUGACUCAUCUAAUGGGGACCCUUUCAAGGAAUCGGACUUCUUCAAAAAGGCGGCGCAGCCAACUUCGUCUGUUGAUCCUUUUGGCGCCAAAGACCCAUUCGCCUCAGCCUUUGGAGCUCCUGCAAAACCAACGAAUGAUCCAUUCGCUUCCGCGUUUGGUCAAGCAAAAAGCGAACCAUUUGACGCCUUCGGUCGUAGCAAAUCGCCAAACGUGGGUGCUGAUCCGUUCGGUAGCGACCCAUUUAACGCACCUAAUUCUCCCUUACCUGCCGGUCGAGUGGAAAGCCCGACUCCGGCCUUGCCUCCCAAGAAGUCGAAACAACCACCUCCACGUCCAGCUCCACCAAAAGCUGUGUCUAGUGGUGUGAAAGGUCCCCAGCGCCCGGCUCCUCCCAUCGGCGCCACAAAAUCACCUGAUCCUUUUGCACCAUUGAGUGAUCCGUUUACUUCGGCUGGUGCGUCUAAGGAUCCUUUUGGUGGAUCGGGUUUUGCUGAUUUUGCAAGUUUUGAAUCUAAGUUUUCUGGCUCUUCAACUGGCGAGAGCUUUGAUGCAUGGGGAAGCACCAGCACUAGCAGCACAAAACCCACCAGCGAGUCACAACAGCACCGGUAUGCCGAGCUAGAAUUCACUGAAGAUCCCUUCAAAGAUGUCGGAUUUGGCGAUCCGUUUGCCUCAAACACAGAUGAUCCCUUCGCCGUUCCCACCAUCACCAAUAACGGAAUAAAGAUCAAGAAGGAUCCAGACAAUACGGACAAUUUCGAUCCGUUCUCCGCAGACAAGGAUCCGUUUGCCUCUUCCACAUCUCCUUCUAAAUCCACGAUAGAAUUCGACAGUCCGUUCGGUAGUUCGGCAUGGAACGGGCGGCCAGAUCCGUUCGCUGCUGCCACAGCUGCUGACAACAAUAACAAGUCUCCCUCUAGUUGGGGCAACGAUUUCAAGUUUUCCUCUCCCACCUCUAGUGGUCCCACUAAAAGUCCAACAUCGAUUGGCUCGAGCUCGUUAAAGAGCCGAUCGUCUUCCUCAUCGUCACCGAUGAAAAGUAGCAAAGUGUCUGCAUCUGAACCAUUGCCCAAGUUGAGCGAAGACGCCCAAAUCGCUUGGGUGGCUGCUGAGAGUGUCCGAUCGGAGCAGGAAAGGCGAAGGAAAGCGGAGAUGCAGGAAAUGGCCGAUCUGGAAAUGGCGAUCGCUCUCAGCAAAUCUGAAAUGAACAGUCGGUCACCACCGUCUUCAGACAGAUUAAUUUGACCCGUUUGAAAGCUGGCCACAUCUCUUUCUUCUUCCUUUCUAUUCCACCACACCCUGUUUUUCCUUCUUUAUAUGUAAUCUACGUGACCUACACAGUUUUUUCACGCUCCUGUUUACGGUACUUCCUUGUUUUCAAAGGCUAAAUAUUCAAAUGAGCUUUCCUUUGGCCUCUGAUGUAACAAAAUUCAAAAAUUACCAAAAGAAUCCAGCAAUACUUUGACCGCAAAAGGUAAUGCAUUGACCCAUGUGCGAGAGUGAAUGGUGAGCCGAAAAAAUUUAUUUCCUUUGGUGUUCAAUCUCCUUUAUUCCAUCACCCCCUUAUUGGUCAUAUCCCCAAACUAUUUAUAACGGCAACUGGAGGGCAAGACUGCUGUGUACAUUUUACUCGCACUUUUGUAUCCUUGCAUGUUGCCUUUCUUAGACUUACUUCCCACAAUAGUAAUAAGAAGAAAAAAAGUGUCGCUCCAAUCGCUGACGAAUGGGAGAAAGGCGAGAAAGUAGUCGGUGUGCAAAGUGGUGGUAGUUAUGACAACAGGAGUGUGCCAUAGUUCGCCCGUCAGUCGCUCGGAAAUUUUUUUUUCUUUAGUUCUUACAUCUUAUCUCUUAAUAGUACAAUAUGGUCCCAUCCAUCAUCACCAAACAGAUCUGUCUGAAGAAUGAAGAAAUAAAAAAGCGUUAUUUCGAUGCCGUAGUUGUUUUGCUCUUGGAACGUUAUUUUUGCCGUAGCCUGAACUUUUUCUUUAUUUCAACCUCUCCACUGCUACCAAUUUCUCCCCGUUUUUUUUUCUUUUCUUUUUUGUAAUUUAAUUGUUUCGGUAUGAUGCCCAGUGGCCACACGAGAGUUACUUUUUCCCACAAGUCAAUUUUUU